GUUCCGUUGGGCCGUUGCUGUUGGAGCGGGAAUACGCAUAGUGGGUGACUGACAGCGGCACAUCUAUCACCUUUAAGUUACUGGUCCUACAGCUUAAAUAACAGCACAGCAUGCCACGAGAAAUCAUCACCCUGCAGCUCGGACAGUGCGGGAAUCAGAUUGGUUUUGAGUUUUGGAAGCAGCUGUGUGCGGAGCAUGGCAUCAGCCCUGAGGGCAUCGUCGAAGAGUUCGCCACUGAGGGUACAGACCGGAAAGAUGUCUUCUUCUAUCAGGCAGAUGAUGAGCACUACAUCCCUCGUGCUGUGUUGUUGGACCUGGAGCCCCGAGUCAUCCACACCAUCCUGAACUCUCCCUACGCCAACCUGUACAACCCGGAGAACAUCUACCUGUCUGAGCAUGGCGGUGGAGCCGGUAACAACUGGGCCAGUGGCUUCUCUCAGGGAGAAAAAAUCCACGAGGACAUCUUUGACAUCAUUGACAGAGAGGCAGAUGGCAGUGACAGUCUGGAGGGGUUUGUGCUUUGUCACUCUAUCGCCGGGGGAACAGGAUCUGGUCUCGGGUCCUACCUACUGGAGCGACUGAACGACAGGUAUCCUAAAAAACUGGUUCAGACCUACUCUGUCUUCCCUAACCAAGAUGAGAUGAGUGAUGUUGUCGUACAGCCGUAUAAUUCUCUUCUGACGCUAAAGAGACUGACCCAGAAUGCAGACUGUGUGGUGGUGCUGGACAAUACAGCUUUGAACAGAAUCGCAACAGACCGGCUGCACAUCCAGAACCCCUCUUUCUCUCAGAUCAACCAACUGGUGUCUACUAUAAUGUCAGCAAGCACAACAACUCUCCGUUACCCUGGAUAUAUGAACAAUGAUCUGAUUGGCCUGAUUGCAUCACUCAUCCCCACUCCCCGCCUCCACUUCCUCAUGACUGGAUACACACCGCUGACCACCGAUCAGGCCGUGGCAAGUGUGAGGAAGACUACGGUUCUUGAUGUGAUGAGGAGACUCCUGCAGCCCAAGAAUGUCAUGGUGUCCACAGGCCGAGACCGUCAGACCAAUCAUUGCUACAUUGCCAUUCUCAACAUCAUUCAGGGAGAGGUGGACCCCACACAGGUCCAUAAAAGUCUGCAGAGAAUCAGGGAGAGGAAGCUAGCUAAUUUUAUCCCAUGGGGUCCGGCUAGUAUUCAGGUGGCACUGUCCCGCCGAUCCCCCUACCUGCCCUCAGCUCAUCGUGUCAGUGGUCUUAUGAUGGCUAAUCACACCAGCAUCUCUUCAUUGUUUGAGCGCACCUGUCGUCAGUAUGAUAAGCUGAGGAAGAGGGAGGCCUUCCUCGAGCAGUUCAGGAAGGAGGACAUAUUCAAGGACAACUUCGACGAGCUGGAUAACUCUCGGGAGGUGGUUCAGCAGCUCAUUGACGAAUACAGCGCUGCCACACGUCCCGACUACAUCUCAUGGGGCACACAAGAGCAGUGAAAUCCCUAAAGCUCUUAGAGUGGAAACUCAUCCUGUAAAAUACACAAUGACUCCAGUAGCGUUCACCAGAAUUUUAGUAAACGCGCACCUCCAGAGAGACUCACGUAUGUAUAUACAUGUCAUUUGUCAUGUUUACAGGCCUAUAGAAGAGAUCUUCAUAACCUGGUGCCUCUAUCCUGAGCUGUAACUUUCACUCUUUCUCCCUCUCCUCCCGAUUUCCUUGAUUUCUUUAAUCAGAGAAUUUAUGGCUCCAUCUUAAUCUAUUUUUGUACUGCACUCUGAACUCUGCUGCACAAAAUCUACAUCCAUCUCCGUCAAGGUGGCCUGCACACAGACUUCCCUGACCACACACACGCUGAACGUCUACACCGAUAAGACUGGGUGGUCUCAGAUGAAUGUAACCGAAGGGAGGGAGUGUGAAAGAUUAAGCCUCUUAGAAGAGAUCAGACUAGAAGCAGUUUAUGAAUACUCCAUCUCACUCCCUCACAUUCACGCAUGCAUGCUUUUAGACAAAAGGCACUUGCUUUCAGGGCAUAGACUAUGAUUGUGCGAUUGAAUCAGUUUUCCUCUCGUUGUCGUGGAUUACUCUCAAAAGAGUUUUGAGAGUCGAUCAAUAAAGUCAAGUGUUAUUCUGUACCUCAAUCCAUCCAAUCAGCGAACCCUCAUCGGGUUCUUCUAGUCAAUCAAAUCAGUGAAGUUACCUCAAAGUCUGGCAGAACCAAUCCCAACGCAUCACAUUUCAUCAUUUGAAUCAUUUCUUCUUCUGCUCCAGUCAUCCUUUUGAAGUCUCAAUGCUUUAUCCCCCCUCAGUUACCACUUGUUCUUAUUAUUAAUGUUAUACUGUGUAUAUAGUUUGCUGUCAGACUUGAUGCAUUUACUUGAAGUUCAUGAGUUUGAAUAAAUAUUUCCAGUGUGCAAAUACUGAUUACCCUCAAAA